CCUUGGGCAAAGCCUAAGCAAUAAAUCUCUGCCUCCAAAACAACCCCCCAAAAAAAGAGAGAGAAAACCUUUCGCCGUUUUCUCGCUUUUUCGCCUUCGUCUGCCACUUCACCGUCCAACUCCUAUUUCGACCCCCACGACUGCAGCCUCCUCUUCCCUCCUCGCCUGCCGCUGGUCUUCUGCAGCUCGUCCUCAUUCUCCGCCCCAUCCGAAGUGCCAUGCAGCAGCACCCUCAGCAGCAUCAGCAUCACCAUCAGCAUCAGCAUCAGCAACCGCCGCAACAACAACAACAACAACAACAACAACAACAACAAAAACAACCUCUACAUCCCCACCCACGAGACCAGCUACUAUACCCGCUAUCUCACCCCCCAGACGGCGGCGCUCCUCCUCCUCGCCCGUCGCAGUCUCGAAUGGCAAACGACCUACGAAACCAAGUCCCACUACCCGUACCGUCGGGUCCUCCAGCACAUAUGCAUAACGGCCAUGUCCGCAAUAUGUCAGGUCUCCCGCCUUUCGACCUAGCCCGCAGUCCUCCGAGUGCAACCAGCAAGAAUACGAAACAUGUCCCUUGCAAAUUCUUCCGGCAAGGAGCCUGUCAAGCUGGUCCCGCCUGUCCUUUCCUCCACUCUACAGAUUCCACCGUUGAUUCCGCCCCAUGCAAAUAUUUCACAAAGGGAAACUGCAAAUUUGGUGCAAAGUGCGCACUAGCGCAUAUCCUGCCCGACGGGCGGCGCGUUAACAGACCAAACCUACCUAUGGGAAUGAGUGGCGGCCAUCUCAAUCUAGGUGGCCGUGUCAACCCUACCCCCUACCACACCCAAGACUCAGCCCUUGCAAAUUCCCUACUCUCUCAACAACAACGGGUAAAUGGUCACCCCUCGCGAUACUCCUACCCGUACCCGGGCCAGGAAGAGAUAUAUGGCCAACCACAGCAAGGACCUGGUCAAUACGAUGGUGGUAUCCCAACAAUAGAUGCAGGCCUCGUGUCUGAUACAGGUUCCAAGUACGGCUCCCCCAUCGAAGAACCGAGACUCCCAAUGUCGCCAAUUGGCCGUACAGCUCUCGAUGCACCUCUGCCCGCCUCUUUUGAUAGCCAGGGGAUAUCAUACAUGGCGCGACAUGGCCCUGUGGCAGCUUCUCUUCCCUCCAAAUUCGGCCUCGAUCUAUCCUCUCCCCCUUCUCAGCGGGCGGGUCCCCCUUCAGACAUCGUUCGCAAUCUUCACGAUACUGCAUUUGGAUUGGAUUCGCGGAAGCCAUCAAACCUCGGCUCCUCGCCACCCGUCUUCCAUGACGAGGGAUCGGCCCCCCGACUGAUGCAUUCGCGACGUGUGGCAAGACCCAAGAUCCUCUCAGCAAGUCUCCCGCGCCCAACCGCCUUGAGUGACUGGGAUGAUAGCUUCACUCUGGAAGAGGACUACCUACCGACAAACCUCCAUGACGACGUGCUGACCCCGCAGGAGAGGAUGAGACGACUGUCACGGACGGAGCAGGACAACAGCAGCAGCAGGGAUUUCAGUGGCCUGGGCAUGCCCGGAACAGGGUCCAGCAAAGUGGGGUCGCCACUAGCAUCCAGUCCAUCACGAUUCGGUGCAAUAUUCGCCAAACAGCGACAGAGGAAGGAGGAGGAAGGACAGGCCGUCGGCCUAGGACACGUUGGUUCUCCGCUUCGCGAAUCCUCUCUGAAUUUCCACGCCGCGAGCCCAAAUCCCAAUCUACGCCCCAUCGGCAGCCGUCCCAGCUCUGGAGACGUCUCUCCCUUCAUCGCCAGCCCUUCCCGCCAACCUUCCAUGUCCAUGAUCUCGCAACAACUCAGCAGCACUUCACUACAUCCCAGCUCAGCCCGGCAUGGCUCUUCAGCUGGUGUUGGUGGCAGCGGCUUUGGCGCUGGCUCUGGGCGUCUCGACCGCACCGUUUCUUCCCCCAUCAGCACGAGCAGGAUCGACGAAGAACAAAGCGAUCUUGUGUUUUCCAUGGAAGAAGAGGAAAAUAAUAAGCGGAAUAGCGUCGUUUGGAGUUCGAAUACUAAUACUAAUAAUAACAACAAUGAUAGUAAUACCAGCGCCACCGGUGGGAAUAAUAGUGGUAAUAUCAAUAAUAAGCCUUCGACGACUAAGGCGACGGAUGAUGCCUCAACGGCGCCUGGUGGAACAGGAGUCCAGUCACAACGGCAGCAAAAGGAGAACACGGCCACCGCGACGGCAAUACAGGGUCAAAAGGAGAGUGGUGGUGCGAAAGGGAAGACACUUCUAAAGGAAAUGGAGUCGCUCUAUGGUGGGGGGCGGGCGUAAAAAAAAAAAAAAAAAAAAAAAAAAAAAAAAUUGGGUUCCAUCUUAUGUUUCCUUUCUUAAUUUAUCACACCUCAUUCUCGUCUUGAUUUUUGUUUCCUGGUCUUUUAUAUAUCUUAUAUAUCUUAUUAUUAUCAUCAUUAUUAUUAUUCUAACCUUCGCUGUUUUCCCAUUCAAUAUUUAUAAUUUCAAACUGUUCUCAUUCUUGAAAGUUUGUUUUAUAUAUAUAUCCACAUCUGCCUCCCUCCUUCACUUCCGCUUGAUUUCCUUUCCUUGUUUCUCUUACCAUUUGUCGUUUUUCUAUAUAUUAUAUCACACUUAUCUAUCUCAAGCCUUUACUCCUAUUGUACUGCCAUUUCAUUCCCCAUUGUAUUUAAAACUGGAAGAAAAAAUUGGAAAAAUGGGUCAGAAAAACGGAAGCUACAUUCAAGAUUGACCAGGAGUCAUGUCUUCGCAGAAGAGCUCUCUCUUACACUCCCAUACAAACUCCCUUUCUUUCAACUUUAUACCCUUUAUCUCACAAUAUGUCUCGCCAUAUAUAUUCAUUCACCACAUGCCCCUGAGCACCCCUGAACCUCCCUGAGUAUUUAUUCGCGAAACCUCUCUCUGCAUGUUGUCUUUAUUUACAGACAUACAUGCAUAUACAUGCACACAUUGAGCUCUGCAUUGAUGUACAUGUACAUGUAUGUGUUUAGUUGUUAUUCUCAACACUCAAUAUUUUAGGCACCAUCAAUCCCCUGGCCAUUCAGCUGUUCAAGUGAUAUAUAUUCAUAGAUUCAUCAAACCUAUGCGAAGCCCUCUUCCCUGUGUUGAGAUUUUCAUCUUCAUGUUUUCCAUUAUCAUUCAGAGAAGGAAACGAAUUGGUAACUUGAAGAAGCGGUGGGAUGGGGGGUAGGCAAC